UUGAAGAGCUAAAGAUGUACAAAUCGAAAAGAGUGAGAGAGGCUGCAUACAGCAUCUCAGUACUCUUGCUUCUAGGAAAGUGGCUCUGCUGCUGCUUGAACCAAACAAUUGCCCUUCUCCACAGGCCAGCAAAUUGCAAUAGAUGGGAGAGAUUCGCUCACCAUAUUUUUCACUUGGCCAAAAUUACUCCGGAGAUAAUUCUGAUCAUAUUCAUUCACCGUACAUUUCAUAUGGCGGAGAGGACUAUCAUGGAGACUAUGCCGAAAUUCAUCCACCAUAUUCUUCAGCCGGAGACUACCUUGCAGAUAACGCUGACAUUCAUUCUGAAGCAUUGUUUCAUCAACAUAUUUCUGGAAAUUCAAACAAUGCACAGCAAUUUGUUGGGCAUGGAAAAGUACCCUUUCAUGUUGGAGCAACUUCUAAUGAUGAACCAGAGAAUGAUGUGUGCAUCUACAGAGUUGGCGAGGCACUCCGCAAAUCAAAUGAAGCCAUGUACAGUCCUCAAAAAAUUUCUAUAGGCCCUAUUCACCACGGCAACAAAAAUCUGCGUUCCAUGGAAAAGAAAAAGUCUGAAUACUAUAAAAUAUUCUGGGAAGACAGGGUGUCAAAGGCAGGGGAACUCAAUGGGGCUCAGGGCUUGUUCUGGGAUGCUCUGCAAGCAGAUGAAAAUGAGAUCCGCCAAUGUUAUGAAGUUGGUUCCCAUGAAAUUGAAAAUUCUCGAGACUUUCUGCGUAUGAUUAUGUACGAUGCUGUAUUCAUCUUCGAGCUAUUCCUCAAGCACAGUGAAGAUAGCAGCUUUCAAGAAGAUUCUAAAUUGAAAGAAUCAUGGUUGAGGGCGGCGAUUCGACGGGACUUGAUUUUGCUUGAAAAUCAGCUUCCAUUCUUUAUUCUUGAGAAAUUAUAUAAACUUCUUCCAGAAAACGUUAAAGGACAACACACGGAAUUUAAAACUCUUGCUUGUAUUUAUUUUAAACACGACCUUCAAAGUAACGUCCCUCCUGCAGACACAAAGGCAGCGCAUUUCACUGAUUUGGUAAGAUCUUUACUAUCCGUCACUCGAAAAGACAAGUCUGUGGACCAAAUCAAAAGCUUUCACAGUGCAACCAAGCUACGCCAAGCAGGAGUUAAUUUUAAGCGUCGACCAGACCGUGAGUCUGAGUGCUUACUUCAUGUAGAUUUCAGUAGAGGAUUGAGAACAGAGUUUCUCAUACCAAAGCUUAAGAUACGCGGCCACACUGAAAGUCUCUUCAGAAACCUUGUGGCCUUGGAGAAGCGUGUUUAUCCAGGACAAGAGUACAUCUGCCAUUACAUCAACCUAUUGAGUAUUCUUGUUGUCAAACCUAAAGACGCGAAACUCCUAAUGAAAAAUGAUAUUGUAACUUCUUACAAAGACGAAGUUGCAGUGAGGGACCUGAUUUCCAGUCUUGGAUCAAGCGCGAAUGAUAUCCAUUCCUGUUUUCAAGGCAUCCUUUCGGCGGUGGAUGAGUAUUAUAAAAGCUCCUGGACCAAAAACCCCGCAUACUUUAUAGAGGAGUUUUUCGGGAAUUUGUGGAAAGGUGUUGGAACGGUUACUGCAGCUAUCCUCCUCAUCCUCACUUUGGUACAAACAACUUGUUCGCUCCUUGACCUGCGCUAGUACUCCAAGUAGAUCAAGUCAAUCCACAGCCUUGGUAGUUUUAUUUCUCCUGUUUGUUGGCUUUUGUUGUGUUGUGCCGUGGAUUUUACGUUUCCUGUGCAGUCAAUAAACACACACACAUGCAUGCGGCUUUA